GUAUCAUGCUUAAUGGUUUUUGUUCUCUGUGGAAUUUUCAUCCCAAGAACUAGUUACAGAUUCAUUUUCUUAAUUCUUGACAGUGUGAGAAUUAAGAGAAAAAACUAAGAAAAAAGUUCUGAAUUGCAGAAAGAAAUGAUCUUCUUUUUUGAAUACACAAAUGUAUCUGGUGUUCAGUGGGGAACUGUAGGUACUCACAGGGAUACUUUGUGUCUCAAGGGUACAUCGUCAAGUACCCAGAAGUCCUAUUUGAGUUGUACUUUGCUUCUUUCGCAAGAAAAAGGCUUCAAAAGUAGUGUAAUAUGCUGUAGUUGGACUGGCGCACAGUUGGCAGGAUGAAAAAUACUGCUGUGCUGGCCAAUGCAGCUAAGCCAGCAAAAUUCUUUGGGCAAAUCCAAUUAUACUAGCAAAAGAUCCUUAUUUCUGGUGUUUAUUUUGUCAGGUGAAGUUCCUCUAAAGAGCUUUUGCCAGUGAUAGAUGUGUGUCAUUACAGUAUGAUUCUGCUGACAAAUCUUUAUACAUGGACAGAUCCUUUGUCAUGCAGCUUUGAGUCCAACUGGAUAAUCCUUGUUUAUUUUGUCUUGAAAAAAGCACACCAAUUUGGCUUGAAAGUAACCCACUUGUUCAUAAAAUCUGGUACUUUUUACCACUUGUGGCACAAGGCUUUUAAUUUACUGCUCCAUAGAUGCUUCUUAUAGUAGCUCCUUUCUGGUUUUAUUUAAAGCUAAAAUUUUAAGAAUAUAUUUAAAGGAAAUGCCAAACUGUUGGUUCCCCAACAGCUUUUCAUCUGUCAGCUUACAAGUUAAUAUGAGGCCACUUUCAUUGUCCUGUUUUUUAUUUUUUUCCCUCCAUAUUCCACAAAAUAUAGAUAUGGAUCCCUCAGGAAUAAGGCAGGACAGUGAGCAUGUGAAAGCUUUGGCUUUCAUGAAUGCGGAGAGUUACUACUGUGGGAGCCUUGGGACACCAGUGCUGAUCAAACGGGGACCUGAUUGGGAGUGAAGCUCAAAGGAAAGCACAACAGGGAAGGAUGAUACAACCUGUGCUUAUUAACAUAUGAUGUAUAUGUAGUGUCCUGUUUUGCUCAUUAGGGAACUGUCUGAUUAGUGCAGGUGCUGCUUUCUUGAUUCCAAGAUCUGCAGCUGGCCUUUCAUGUUACUGGUGCUAAAGGUGGGUGUUUGGCAAAAAGAUAAAAUGUCCUUUGGACUUUACAUACCUGGAUGGUGUUGAGAUGGAGAAUGAAGGAUGGGACCACCUUUCUUUAACAUGAUUUAUUGCUCAAGUAGCCAGAUAAGAUAUGAGUGUCAAGGUGUGAGAUUUAGAGGAGCAACAAGUCAGCAAUAGCUCAAGGAAGACAAGAGUUUCUUCUUUGCACAGUAAUAUAUGACAUUUUAGCCCUAUAAGCAGUUGACACAAAGCUUGUUUUCAUUUAUUAACCUAUCACCUUUCCUUGAUUUUGCUUCACUGCAUCUGUCUCUUAGCCAGUAAGCUGACGGGUCAUGUACUCAUACACACCUCUGUUGCAGUUUCUAGAUCUCUAACCUGCUCUGUAAGUCACACUAUUACAGCUCAAACCCCACACUGUUUUACCUAAUAUAAUUUCUUACUUACUCAAGACAUAUUCUUACUUAUAACUAUAGAAACAUAAGUUAAUAAUUUCUCUACCCAAUGUCUGCAUACCUUCAUCACUGCAUUAACCUAAGCUCUUUCCAAGGCUGUAGAUCGAACCCUUCAGCAUCUGUGGAAUUUUCCAUUUUCCAUUUCCAACAGGAUGGGAGAGACAAACUUACCAGAACAAAUUCUUCUCAUCCCCUACACCAAAUCUUUGCAUUUUCAUUAAAUAUUCUUGUUUAGGACAAGGGUAAAGGGCUGUUGUUUAUUCCCAUAUUCUUCUUAGCUUUUACUAUUUUAAUGAUCAGUCUUCAUUUCACUCUUCCUGAGUUGACAGAGUACUCCAUGUUGUUUGUGAAAGGAUUUUGUGAUAUGUAAAGGAAUGUGGAAGGAGAGACCAUCAGCUUGUGUAAGUUGUGUCUGGUCAAGGAAUAAAAAGCUGUAAUAGAUAGGAACAUUUUGAGGUACAAAUCUGUUUAACCAAAAAAUGAGGGAGGCAGAAAAACCUGAUCCGUUACUGAUUGAAGAGGGUGUUUGGAAUUGUAAGAAUGUUUAUUUCAGGGAGAUUAUUUGAUUGUAGACCUCACCAAAUGGCAUUAUAAGGGAAAGGAGGAAACCAUAAACAAGAUAUGGAGAGAGACACAAACCUGCCAAGCAAACUUCAUGGAGACAGGGACAAGAAACAAAACCUUGUCUCUCACACUAACUGAUGAGCUGUCAGAAAAAUGCACGUGAAUAAAGAAUUCUGUUACUGAUAAGGAUGCAAACCUGAGGGUCCAGGAUGUUAGGGCAGGUCAGUGAGACUAUGCCAUCUGAGAAGGUGAUUUGCAAGAGAGGAGAGUUGGGAAAGGGACAAAACAGGGCCAGACAGAAAAAGGGCUGAUACAGGUAAACUGUAGUAUGCUUUUCUGGCUGAGCUCUGUGCCUCAUCCCUGCAGUCUCUCCUGUUUUAUUAGAUCUUUUCUUAACUGUCUCUCCAUGUAAUGUCACUUGCUAUACCAUGUGUGUGAGGGGCUAGCUGAGACCAGCUUGAGUAGAAACUAGGCCAGCAACUGGAUUCUCACUGGAGAUAUUUGCAUCAACAGGUUUGCAGUGCCUGUGGUGGAAGUGGAUGAGUCUCUUGGUGGCUGGAGCUGGAGGGGCUGUAGCUAUCUGAAUUACUUUGUUGACUUCCUGCAGAUUUUGUAUCUAUAGUGCCAGCUACAGGGGACUUGUGUGAACUUGUAAACUCUACCUUGUAAUGCCACACCUAAGUUAAACUUCUGCUGCUGCUUUCUGUGGAAGAGAUGGAAGAAGGCAGUAAUGUUUACAAAGCCGUCUGGCCUGCAGUGGCUUCAUCCCAUUGCAUGAGUGAUUUCCCUUGUCUUUCACAGUCUUUAGGGCUGUGGGGUACAGUUCUUCCAGAGCUUACUCAGCCGAGGCCAAAAAACGUACUUACAGUUCAUUUGGAUGUAACUGUUCAGCCCAAGAACAUACUGUUACUGUAGGUACAAUCAGACCUUAACAGAAAUGUUGAAAUGUAAUUCAAAUUACAGUUGUUAGAAUUGUUGGAGCAGAUGGGAUAUGCAGAGUACUGAGUGCACUAGCCCAUUAGAUGCCUAAAGUUAAAUUUGAAAAUGCUUAGAAAUGUUGAUGUUUACCAACUUGUAUCAUGGGGAAAAAUAAUUUCCUUUUCAGUAUGUACUUGUGAAGAGGAAACAUGCAGCUCAUUUAUUUCAUCUCAGCCUGGUAGGGUUUAAUGGAGUAUACCCAUCAGAUUGUCCUUGUGUAAAGCCUUCUGUGGGCUAUGCAUGAGAAUAAUCUUGAAGUAUUAGUUUACUUCUAAAUGUAGGUAUUUUGUGGGCUGCAGGAUAGGUGUAGUUUAUUCUCUGAUUUGAGAUGGAGAGUAUGGAGAAGUUUUUUGUGUUUCAUAGGAUCAUUAGGUGGAAAUAUAUAGCGAUUUGGAGAGGAAACUGAUUUUCAGAUAUUUGCAGGAAUUGCUUUGAUAGUAAUUCCCUUCUGUGAUGAUUAAUAAUCAGAGUGUAGAUGCAGUAUUUAUAAUUUUACUGGAAAGGACAGUGAAAAAGACACACCUCAAAGGGUGCUGUCCUGGUGAAAAGAUCUACUUUUUCCCAAAAAAUUGAAAAAGCCUUCAAAGAGAACAUUACCACAAGAAACAUAUACGGAAAUAGAACAAACACUUCUGAAGGGUGUUUUACAAAUAGGCAUACUUCUUAUUCACCUUGGUUACCCUUACACUUAAGAGGGUUGAUGGGGUAUACAGAUAAGAAUUAGACAAAAUGGUACUAUGUAUGUCAGUGAAAUGAUAACUUUUAGGAGUGUCAGUGAAAUGCUGACUUUCAGGGGUGAGAUUGUAGGUUUUAAUAGCCUGACAUACUCUGCUUCUUUUACUAGUAACAAUCUGAUGACUUUGUCCUGAUACUACUUCCUUUAAAUAUGAAGUAAUCUGUUCAUCGUGCUCUUUUGGUUCAGUGUUUUUUAAAGACAGGCAGCGAGUUUAUCUUGUUUAAAAGCUAGGUAGAGUGUUCUUGAUAUCUGCCAUCCAGUCUGUUCUUGUUGCCUGUUGGACAUGAGAAAAAUACAUGGUGUAUGGCUGAGAAAAGUGGCAGUAGUCCCAGAAAAUAUUUUGAGUACUAACGAGAAACAGUAAGAGUGAUUUGGGAUUUGGAGAGCUCUUGUCAUUGUGUAAAGUAUCAUAUUCCAUAAAUAAACUACUGAACUUACUGACCAGUAAUAAUGUAGACUGCAAAAACAUGCUGUCAAGAUAUAGUUAUUCUACAUGCUGAUUGAAAAUAACAUUAAAACAAAAUUAUACGGGAUAUGUGUCUCUUACUAGCUCCUUAUACUUUCCUGCAUGCUAGUAUUCACUUGAUACAAUUACCACACGAUAAUUGGUUUCUUAAUAAAAACUAAGAUAAAACACCACAUCUCCAAUUAAUUAGGUUUGUAUUUGGGUUUUUUAUAACAUCUGUUUGCAAAUAAGUUGAACUUAGCUUUAGGUUACUUCUUUUUCAGUUCAGAAGAAGACACAAUUGCAUUUAAAAUCUCUGUACAUGUAGUUCCAAAAAAAAAUUUACCUUUAUUUUCUUUCUAAUGGGAAACAACUUUGAGUAAAAUUACUGCUGCUAACUGCAGAGGGCAGUUAGCACUUAAGGAGUUUGAAAUAGCUGUGACAGUAAUCUGGAGUAAUGAUGAAGGCAAACUACUUAGCAGUUUGCAUCUUCACGGUCUUUGAAGUGGGGCACUCCUGAUGCAAAAGGAAAAGAAUAAUAAUAUUAACAAUACUCAUAAUAAUAAUAAUAACAACAAUAGAAGAACUCCUUUUUCCAAAGUGAAAAGAAAAAAAAAAGAAAAAAGACUGCUUUCUAUGGGGCAGGGUAUAUUAGUGUUAAUGCUUGGGAAGGGUGUCACAUUUAAAUUAGGGCAGUAGCAGCGGGAGAUCCCCAGCCAAAGGCAUGUGUAGAUUGUAUUAGGACAGGAGUGGUUAUUGUAUUCUUUCAAGGUUUUGUCCUCUGCCUUUAGCUUCACUAAAUCCAGUCUUUUCUUCCUCCUUUUGACCUUUUCUUUCACACUCACAAAAUCCUAGCACACCUAAUUUACCAGCAUUUUUCUGGUCUUUCUCUUUGAAUAGGCUUAGUCAUCAUGGUGUAAAAAGUUGGGCCACAAAUCAUCCUUCUCUGACUCUUGUAGUAUAGUUCCUUUAAGAUUUGUCCUUUGGCAGUGUUCUCUGAAGUCUAAUAAAAUACAUGUUUUCACAGAAGCUGUGCUCUCAAGGCACUUACUGGCUAUCUCUUCCAGUUUUUUUGGCGUUGAGCUUCUCAGGGCAAGCAGCUGGAACAGUCACCCUUUACCUGGACAUCUACUGUCAUGAACCAUCAGAGCGAAGACAGUCCUAGUCCCAAGCGACAACGCCUUUCCCAUUCAGUCUUUGACUACACAGCAGCAUCACCAGCCCCAUCACCACCAAUGCGACCAUGGGAGAUGACAUCAAAUAGGCAGCCUCCUUUGACCCGACCCAACCAACACCACUUCUCAGGGGAACGAUGCAACACACCUGCACGAAACAGGAGGAGUCCUCCUGUUCGACGUCAGAGAACAAGGAGAGAUCGUUUGUCUAGACAUAAUUCUAUUAGCCAGGAUGAAAACUAUCACCAUCUCUCCUAUGGACAGCAGCAAGCAAUAGAAGAGCCUCGAGCCUUUCGCCCACCGAAUGUAUCUCCUCGUAUGUUGCACCCAGCUGCUCACCCACCACAGCAGAAUGCAGUGAUGGUUGACAUUCAUGAUCAGAUCCACCAGGGCACAGUUCCUGUUUCAUACACAGUGACAACUGUGGCUCCUCAUGGGAUACCACUUUGCACAGGCCAGCACAUUCCAGCCUGCAGCACGCAGCAGGUCCCAGGGUGCUCAGUGGUUUUCAGUGGCCAGCACCUUCCAGUUUGCAGUGUGCCUCCCCCAAUGCUUCAGGCGUGCUCAGUCCAGCACCUACCUGUACCAUAUGCAGCAUUUCCACCCCUCAUUUCUAGUGACCCAUUUCUUUUGCAUCCUCCUCAUAUCUCUACACACCACCCUCCUCACUUACCUCCUCCAGGACAGUUUGUUCCUUUCCAAGCACAGCAGUCACGGUCGCCACUUCAAAGGAUAGAAAAUGAUGUAGAAUUGCUUGGAGAACAUCUUCCUGUAGGAGGUUUUACAUACCCUCCCUCAGCCCAUCCACCAACGUUGCCUCCCUCAGCUCCGCUUCAGUUCUUAGCCCAUGAUCCAUUACACCAGGAGGUGUCAUUUGGGGUACCUUACCCACCUUUUAUGCCUCGAAGACUCACAGGGCGCAGCAGAUACCGAUCACAGCAGCCAAUACCACCACACCCUUACCACCCCAGCCUAUUACCUUAUGUGCUAUCAAUGCUCCCAGUGCCACCGGCAGUUGGACCAGCUUUCAGCUUUGAGUUGGAUGUGGAAGAUGGAGAGGUAGAAAACUAUGAGGCACUGCUGAAUUUGGCAGAACGUCUGGGAGAAGCCAAACCACGGGGAUUAACAAAAGCAGACAUUGAGCAGCUUCCAUCCUACAGGUUCAAUCCAAACAAUCACCAGUCAGAGCAGACAUUAUGUGUGGUGUGCAUGUGUGAUUUUGAGUCAAGGCAGCUACUUAGAGUCUUACCCUGUAACCACGAGUUCCAUGCCAAGUGUGUUGAUAAAUGGCUGAAGGCCAAUCGUACCUGCCCGAUUUGUAGAGCUGAUGCUUCAGAAGUGCAUCGUGAUUCAGAAUGACCAAUCUAAGAGCACAGAUCUGGUUUGGGUGUUUCUGGUCACAUGUAUAUAUGAACUCUAUUGAACUUACCUACCCAUGUGGCUUCCAGCCUACCCUUUUACACAAAAGGGUCAAUGGACCUUACUUUGCACUGUGUGACUUAAUCAAUUAUAAAGCUUAUAACUAGUCUUCACAGUUACAGGAUUGUUAUACUAACAAGUGUGAUUGGAACUCCAAAGAUUUUUUUUUUUUUUUUAGCUUAAUUUUGUGUGUGCACUAACAUUCCCUGGGUUUUGUGUGAUCAUUCCGAGUAUUGCUGCGAGAUUACUGUGGAUGUGAUCUUUUAGCAUGUGCUUUUAUAUAAAAGAAAAAGAAAAAAAAAGUGGUAGCUCCAAACAAUAUAGCAAUCUACCUUAUAUAGAGCCUUCAGAUACUGUGAGUGGGGAUGAACGGUGUGAGUGUGUGUUUGCCUGUGAGAGGGUGAGUGAAGCGCGCUUGUGGCUGGCUGUGUGUGCGUGUUUGAGAACCUAUAUACCAGCAUGUACUGAGAACGUAUGUGUGUAGUAAUAAUUAUGCUGCAAUGUAUAAUCUUGUGUGUUAUUUAAACAGUACUAGUACUGUACACUGGUUCCUUUCCUUGUGUUUGCAGUUGCACACUGAAUGCAAUGGGUGCAGCAAUUACAGACAUUUAGUAUUUUGUCCCCAGCGUACUUACAGGUGUAACGACCUUUCUACCUACUACUAUUCAAACAGCUGUUAUGCUUCCCUUUCACUGGAGGCUUUAAGUGUGUACCACUAAAGAAUGCAUUGAUUGCUCAUACAUGAGUAACCUUGGGGGUUUUAUCAUAUGUUACAAAGUCUGUAUUUUUUAAUGGCUGAUUUACAAGUUAUUUUAUCAAUGUAGAGUUGCAAUAUCACAUUUAGCAAUACUAAUGUUUUCAAUUGCUAAUAUGAAUAUCAAUGUUUUUCUGUUUUCCUUUUAAAUUCUCUAGCUGGGUUUGCCAGUUAUGUGUUUCUUCCAUGAAAGGAAGCAGAAAGUACACUGAGGCUGUUCUGAUCUUGUGGAACAGCUCUUAACUUUUCCCAUUGUACUUGCUAAGGACAUCAUCUUUUAGCUUAUAAACAUUGGCUUUAAUCACAUACAUUCUUUGUCAUCUACAAGGAAGUUGGUAUGUAACUAAAAUAACUUGUAAAAGGUUACAAUUUUAUUCCUGCAAUUUCAUUAAUAAAAUACAUUUUUUAGUGUUUUCUCAGAGAAGUAGAAUUCAAUAUUACUUUCAUCCCGUUACAAGAGGAGGUAGGUUUGGUCAUUACCUGCAGAAUUCACUUGCCCUAAUGCUGCUUCCUUCCUUUCCUUACUUCAUGAUGAGUAUAAUAGGAAGAAGGAACUCCCUAGGUUUUUGCAAUCAAGUUUCCAGAGUGCUCCACUAGAGGAGAAAUUUGGAAUACUUUCCAGAACAGUUCUGUGAAAUAGGAGGGGAUAAUGUCUAUUCAAGUGCUCUGAAUAAUAUUUUAUUUGGGCUAUUGAAAAAAAUGAGCUUUCUUUGUAAUAUUUACACUGUUAACGUCUCUGAUGUCUUCUAGAAAAAUCUUUAGGUCUGUAUAUACCACAGUUACUAAAAGGAUGCACUUUUUGCAUUUAAACUCGUCUCAUAAAUUCAGUGUCAUUACUUUGGUUGCAGCAGCACAAGAGGCACAAUUACCAAUAUUGCUACAACUUGCUGCCAGUCUCAGCUUUAAGUUUAUUCUUUAUCAUUUCUGAUGCUUUUGUAUGCUGCUAUGCUUUAGUAUCAGUUAAAAUUUCCAACAGUGUUGGGUGUUCUCCAUGCUGGUUUUCCUCUUGGAAGAUUUUACAGACCAGUCACAGCUUUUGGUGCAGCUAAAUAAAAGCACAAUUUUACCCUGUUUUAGAUGUUUUUCCCUCUUUAGUUACGCAGGUAGUUCUCAAAAACAGUUAAGCUUUCCAUACCCAUCCUUACAUAGGAACACUAAAUAAAUAAAAAUGCCGUUACUUCCACUUCAAAAUAUUAGAAUUUCUUUUUCCUCUCUUCCAGUGGAGUUAAAGAAUAGGCUUUUCACAAUAGCACCUAGCAGGUUAAAUUACAUGUAAUAAAAUUUAUUUUUUUAACAAAUAAAAUCAUGUUUAAAAAGCAUAUGCCACGUAUGUCUUACAAAACUUAGCCUCUUUUAUAUAACUGCAAAAGAAAAAAAAAUCCAUGUACAGAUUUAAACAUGACUAACAUUUCUGUGUUUAGUAUUCAGUUCAAAGCUUGGAAAGAGGGUACUUUUUCUAAACUUGAUACAAGUGCACAAGACACAUACUUCUGAAGCUGAGGGAAAGUAGUUCUCUUUCUGGAACUGGAGAAAUGUCCCUUUUCCCCCACUAAAAUUCAGUGAGACAAUGGGAGAUCUAGGAGAUGGAGGGUCUAAGUUGGUAAAAUCCUGCAAUUAAUUGUUGCACUCUUAUGGCUCAUCUCUUCUGGAAUGGUUCUUCGGUUUGCAUGGAUGAAUGUGGACUUGCUUCCCGUGGUUAGUGUGUACAAAGAGCACACAUGCUUGUGUUUUGAAUUAGCUCAGACAGGCUACAACCACAUCCUCUGUGGUGACUGUCAAGGGCAGGGGAUUUAUGUUCAGCUCUUAACUGCCAUGUAUUAUGCACAGCUGCCGUGGUGCCUGACAGCACCUGAAUUCAGCAACACUUCCUUUAUGUUCAUUGCCUUUCUGCCAGCCAAUGACUCUUUUUUCUCCAAAAAAACAAAAAUAUCUGACCUCCAAUAUGUUUGCUUUAUCAUAUUGGCACUGCUGUGUUUUUUUGCAUAAACUGUCAAUUUAAUUUGACAUUUUGUUGGAUAUCAAGGCCUACAGAUAAUUCCAGUGUCUCAUUUUUUGUCUUUCUUUAGAAAGAAGAAGUAAGGCCAUGUGUUGUACGUCAUUUUAUACAGGCUCUUGAAUGUGACUUCACAGCUGUUAAUACAAUGCAUAAUACUUGGGAUGAGACUUACCAACUGUUUUAAUUUUAA